AUGGGCGAGCUACAGCAAACCAUCGUGCAUGUCCUGCAAGCUAUUGCACUUACAGCGCCGAGCCUUUACACAGGCCUCACAUUCACCUACAGCCAUGUUGUGAUUCCGCCGAUGACGAAUCAUGCGCCGCCGAAGCUUCUUGCAAAACAAUGGCUACAAGCCUAUCAGUUUGCACCCGCUGUCGUCGCACCUCUCAUCCUCCUCGGCGCCUCCAGUAACGCGCUGCUCGCUUAUUGUACCGCCGAUUCGACUUCGCCCGCAUCGUCUCUGUACACCGUAGCUGCUGUCGCAAUUGCCAGCAUCGUCCCCUACACGGCGUUGUACAUGGAGCCUGGGGUCAAUGGUGCUGGCAAGUGGAAGGCGCAAGAGCUGCUGCGGGGCGAGUUCGAGCUAAAGGGUGCCGGUCAGGGGACUGAUAAGGAUACAGCAAGAGCAAGUGCGAAGAGGUGGGCGGAGAGCGUAGACAUGAGAGCUAUCGCGGAGACCUGGGCAAGAACAAAUGCAUGGCGAUACGUGAUUACUGGUAUUGCGACUAUCGUCAGUGCAACUGCCAUGGUCAUCGGAUACUGA